AUGACAAAAGAACAAAGGAUUUUUAUCCUUAAAUUUUGGUGGGAAUCAGGAAGAACAUUACAAACAUUAAAUACAGCUUUUCGAAGAGAAUUUCCUGGUGAAAAAAUUCCAACUCGACAAGCAAUUUACUUAUUGGUAAAAAAUUUUGAGGAAACAGGUUCUGUUGAAGAUGCAUCACGAAGUGGAAGGCCGACAACACUAUCUCAACGACGUGCUGCACUUGAACUUAAUAUCUCUCGUACAAACUUACGACGUCUUAUGAAAAAUUUAAAUUUAAAACCAUUUAAGCCAAGACUGUUACAAGCCUUAAAUGAGAAUGACCCAGAUCGACGACUCGAAUUUUGUGAAUGUUUGUUAGAUUCGGCUGGAGACGAUCCAACCCUAUUAGAUCGAAUUCUCUGGACAGAAGAAGCCUCGUUCCAAACGAAUGGUCGUGUUAAUAAACACAAUUGUGUUUAUUGGAGUGAUACAAAUCCACACUUUAUCAUCGAACAAGAACUCAAUGUACUCCGACUGAUUGUUUGGGGAGGAAUAUGGUCAUACGGUGUUGUCGGGCCAUUCUUUUUUGAUGAUAAUGUUGCAUCUCAAACUUAUACCUGCGUGUUGGAGGACAACAUUAUUCCACAACUUCAAGACCAUCCAGCUUUUCCAACAAUGAUCUGA